GACUGACAUUGUCAAAGUUCAAGUUCUAACUUGAAGAUCACUCUUUCUAGUCCAAAAAGAAUUACAUUGUAGUCAGAGCGACUGUUCUUAGUUUCAUUAAAAAAAUAAAUAAAUAAAAUAAAUAAUAAUAAUAAUAAUAAUAAUAAUAAUAAUAAUAAUAAUAAUAAUAAAAUAAAAAGUGAUUUUCUCAGAUUUUCAGUUAACCUGGCGAUUUGCACAAAUUGUCUUUAUUUGCUCUGAUUAAAGGCGAGUCUGAUAUCUGGCAGCUUGUUUAAUUCUCAUACAUAGUUACAUUUACGACUGUUCAUUGUAAAAGUCAAAAUAUUCAUACACACAAGUAGACGUCUAAAAGUACCGAUAUCGAUAUCGGGAUGUUUAGCUUUGGUAUUACUUGGUAUCGGAUAGAAAUAAAAAAUAGUGGUAUCGUACAUCCCUAGAAAAGGGAGAGAGCGUUCGACGCAUGUGUCUGUGGUUCGACCGACGCGUAUGCCCGGCAGUGACUGCUGCCUGGUCAUAGUCUAGCAACGAAUGCAGCAGUCAUAAAGGCUAAUCAUCAUGCUUCUUUAUUUGAGGGCGUAAAAUAACUUGUGCGCAAAACGUUACUGAGAACACAGCUAAACAAUUUGAUAUAUUUUCUAAUAAAUAAAUAAAUAAAAGAAAGUUGCAUUUUGGCCUACAAAACACCUUUUAACGGAAUAAAUUGAACGCACUUGAACGCAGCCUCGAAUGAGCCUGUUGCUACGUAACAGUGUAAACACAAGAGGUAAUGGUUCCGCACGGACUUUAUGAAGAGAAAAGUGAAGCCAAGCCUACUUCCAACGGCACUAACAACAUCAUGAGCUCUGACAAAUCUUGUAAGCCUUAUCCUGUGGGAACCCACUGUAGUGAAGUCCUCGAAUUACACAUGGAAUACACAAAAAUCCACAAGAUUGACCACUUGUGGGAAUACACCUCCUUGACCAGACUUGACUUGAAUAACAACCUCAUAGAGAAGAUUGAGGGCCUGGACCACCUGAUUAAUCUGACAUGGCUUAACCUGUCGUUCAACGGAAUCGAGAGAAUUGAGGGUCUGGAGGCUCUGCGGAGGCUUGAAGUGCUGAAUUUGUCCAACAACAAGAUCUCUGUCAUCGAAAACGUGGAUACGCUCGAGAACCUCACCCAUUUCAUCUUUGCAAACAACCUCCUCAGUCAGCUAGAAAAUGUGCUCUACAUCAGGAAGUUGAAGAAACUGUUCACGGUCAUCUUAUCUGGGAAUCCUGUCUCCAAGGCUGACGAUUACACAUUCUUCAUCGCUGCCUAUUUUCCAGACUUGAUGUUCCUGGACUACAGAUACAUUGACAAGAAUACUAGAAAAGAAGCAAUGGUCAAAUACCCGCAUAUCCUGGAGAAAAUGAGACUUGAAGAGUCACAGAAACAACAAACCACUGAGACUCACCAAAGUAAAGAGGCGGAGCUCCAAUUGCACAAAGAUGCCUUCGUGGAGUUCCUCAACGGGCCAGAUCUGUUUAAGAGCAUGUUUAAAGACGAUCCGGAGGCGGAGACGCUGCGCUGUGCUCCGGGAAUGGACGCUCUGCUUCAGACAUUUGAACAACAGAUGGUGGAGGCGUGUGUGCAGCUGUUUGAAACGGGCUUGGCUGAACAUGAAAAAAGAAAGACACUGGUGGACUCCUUCUUCGAUGGUCAGCGGAAGACUGUGGAGCACUACCAACGGAAAGCGUCGCAGACGUUGGCAGCUUUUGAUCAGCAACACAGCGAGAGGAUAGCGGAGUUGCAGCAGUUAUCAGACCCAGAUUUAUUUAAGGCCAAGCUCAAGCAUUGCAACGAUGAGGUCAACCAGCUCUGUCAAAGCCUCAUGGAGCUGGAGUUUCAGCUGGUCACUCUGCUGGAGGAAAACAUCAAAAACCUUGACGGCAGCAUCUCGGACAUGGUUGGCAGCUUCAGCGAAACUGUUCAAGAAACGUUCGCCCGAUGUCGAGAUCUGGAGGACGUCUACUAUCAGAACGUGAAGGAAGUUGCUAAUGAAACUCUGCAGAAGGUCGCCAAAAGCGAGUUGGAUGAGGCGAUGUCAAGCGACGUCGUGAUGCUGUUUGCGGACAAAGACGCAGUGAUGGACGCACUAGCCACUGGCCACGAUAACCACGUUGUGAAGAUCAAUGAUCGGGAGACUCAGCUGGUUACCUGCGUCAGCACCUGGAAGGGGACACUAUUUAAAGGGAUUCAAGACAAAGAAACUGAGCGGAACCGCAUGUGCAUCUCAGACAUGAACACAUACAUGGACCGUCUGAAAGAACAACUGGAGGAGAUGAGCUAGCAAGAUCAAUAGGUCGUUUGUUUUUUUUGUGUGUGUAUACUCACACCUUCGUCAGACAACUGUAACAAAAUCCCAUUGUGUACAAAUAAAAAAUUAUGUCUUCUGAAAAGGUCAUAUGUAUUAAAAAAAGCUAUAACUACC